AUGGAUUUUACAAAUAACAAAAAAAGUAUUAAAACAGUAAAUAAUAACUCUAAAGAUAAUAAUGAAUUAGUUGAAAAAAUUUAUAAAAGAAAUUAUAUGAACAGUAAGAAAAAUGAAGAAAUUAAAAUUGGAUCUAAUUUAUCUACUAAUAACGAUAUUUUUCAAUUACAAAAUGUACUACAUAAUCAAAUAAGAAUAGUUAGAACAAAUGAUAGCUGUUUUAAAGAUUAUAUAGUCUUAAAUAAUUUAGGGAAAGGAACUUAUGCACAGGUGUGGAAAGUAAAACAUAAAGUAACAAACGAAAUUUUUGCAGCUAAAUUACUACAGCCAAAUCAAUUUCCAAAAGAAUCUUUUAAUAGAAUUGUUGAAAUGUUUACUAAAGAAAUAAUUAAUUUAUCUAUAUGCCAAUGCCCAGGUGUAAUUAAGUUACACAAAGUUAUAGGAGGGAAAGAAGGAUGGAUACUUAUUCAAGAUUAUGCAAAUGAUGGUACAUUAUGGAAAGAGAAUUUAUCAAGUAAUAUGAGUGAAGCAUUUCUAUAUUUUAUUCAAUUGAUGCAAGGAAUGUGGUAUAUUCAAGAUAUGAAUAUUGUCCAUAGAGACUUAAAACCUACCAAUAUUUUAAGAUAUGAUAAUAAGCGAAUUGUGAUAGCUGAUUUUGGAUGGUCAGAACAUAUAGAUUCCUGUAAUUUACAUCCAUCUGAAUGGCCAGGGACGUUAGAAAUAAACCCACCUGAAGUAUUAAGAAAUACAGGACCUAUGACAGAAAAAAUUGAUAAUUACGCUCUUGGUAUGAAUAUGAUUUUAUUUAUAUCUGGUAGAUUUGUAUGCAGGCAGAAAGGCAUAGAAUGUUCCAAAGUUGCACAAACCAUUUUAAAAACUGUUCAUAAUUUAAGACAUUCUAAACCACCUAGUAGAUUUAGAGAAAAUUUGAAAGCGUGGGAUUUAUUUGUAAAAUUGACUUCAUCAAAUCCAAAUGAACGAUUGAGUUUACAAAAUGUUUUAGACCAUCCAUGGGUUACCGAAAUGUUAAAUAAUUUUAGCUUACAAAAUUCAAAAUUUUUAUGGCAUGAUAAAGUUAAAAGUAGAUGGAUAUAUUUAUUAUCAAAUAACUGGAAUUUUUUCAAAAAUAUUUCUUCUAUAUCCAAUAGUAAAAUAAAUAAAUACAGUGAAUUAGAAAAUGCAGAUAAUUUUACAUCUAAGAUUGGCAACAAAGCAACUGUUAUUAUAAACGGUGAUACUCAAAAAGAAAAAAAUAAAUAUUCUCAUUCUUGUCUCAAAAAUGAUUAUGAAAUUCUUUUUUAUAUGAUGAAAAACAAUUUUAAAAGCAGAUAUAAUUGUUGUUCUGUCAAGAAAAAUGAUAAUAAUAACUAUAAAAAUAAUGGAAAUAAAAUUAGGAAUAACAAAGAAAAUAAAAAUAAUACCAAAUAUAAUACUAAAAAAAAAAGUAAUUCGAAUAGUGAUUUAGAUGAAUCUAGUCACACUGAAAAUGAAAAAAAUGAAACUUUCAUAAAUAAAUUUGCAAAUAAAAAAGAGAAUUUUAUAAAAAAUAAUGAAGACCUUGUGAAAAAUAAAAGUAAUAUUAUUAUAGAUGAAAAUAAUAAUACUAUAUGUCAAGAUAAAAAUUUUUUAAACAAUAACAAAAAUGCUUUUUUAUUUAAUAAGAAAGAAUUUAAAAAUAACAUUUCAUGUGAAAUAGAUACUCAAAAAAAUAAUGAUGUCAGUAGAGAAGAUGAAAAAGGUGAAGAAGAAGAGGAAGAAGAAGAAGAAGAAGAAGAUGAGGAUGAAGAAGAGGAUGAGGAUGAAGAUGAAGAAGAAGAUGAGGAUGAGGAUGAAGAAGAUGAGGAUGAAGAAGAGGAAGAUGACGAGGAUGAAGAGGAAGAAGAUGAAGAAGAUGAUGGUGACGAUAUUAACAAUGAAGAAGAUAAUGAUAAAGAUGAUACAUUAUAUAAUAAUAAUAAUAUUAUGCAUAUGAAAAAUAACAAAAAAAGCAAUAAUAAGAAAAAUGAUAUAAUUCAAAAUAUUCAAAAUAAAUGCUACAGUAACAGUGAAGUAGAUGAUUUUAUGAACUACAAUAAUAAAAAAAAUUAUUAUUUUAAUGAUAUAGAAAAUAUAAAAAAUUUAUUAAAAAAUAAUUUAAAUAAUCAAAAUAUUAAAAAGGGGGCUAAUAAUAAUAGUGAUGACUGUAUUUUUCCAAAAGAUGACAUAAAUAUUUCUAUUGACAACAAUGAAGAGGAAAAUAACUUAAAUGAAGGCACAUCUAAAUUAUUAAAUAAAGAAAAAAAAAAAAAAAAAACGGAAAUAUCAAUGGAUCAGUCAAAGAGAAAUUACUCUAGUAAAAUAGACGAUACAUUUAUUAAUUUUGUUGGAACAAAAAAUUUGAAUAUAUCUAAGGAUUUAAUGAAAAAUGAUUUGUUAGAAAAAAUUAAUAAAAUAAAUGAAGAAAGAUUAUUUGAUUACAACUUAUUAAUAAAUGAAAAAUCAAAAAUAAAUUUACAAGACACAAAGAAAGAAAACAAAUGGAAACAAAAAGAGGAUUUAUUGAUAACAGAAAAUGAAGAUGAAGAUUAUAUAAAAAUAUAUACCAAAAAUAUGAAUGUGAACAGAUCAAUAAAAAAUAGAAGAUUUACUAAAAAGAAGGAUUCUUUCUCGGAAGAAAUUCAUUCUUUGCUUGAAAACUCAAAGGAAUUAAAGAAAAAAUUAAAAAAAAAUUUAAACAAUCUCUAUGAGAUUAGCUUGGGUCAAAAAAAUAGUAAUAACAUGUGUAUUUACAAUGAUCAUGAUGAUAAUAGCCAAUUUAGCUGUAUAUGUGAAAAUCAAAGUUUUGGUAAUGAAAAAAAAAAUAGUAACAAAUUUCAAAUAAAUAUUAAUAAUAUGAAUAGUGAAAGAGAUUUUAAAGGUAGCUUAGAAAAUCUAGACAUUAGCUUAAAGGAAAAAGUAGAAGUAUUCAAUAGAAAAAAAAUAGAUUUAAGUACUGAUAAUUUGUUUCCUUAUCAGAAAGAUCUAGAAAAUAAUGAAGUAAAAAAAGUGGAUGAUGAAAAGUUUGGGACCAAUUUUAAUAAAGAAAAUAUAUCAAAAAAAAAAAAAAUAAAUAAUUCUAUAUUUUUUGAUACAACAAUGGAUAAAAGUGUUAAUAAUCUAGAAAUAAUAAAUGCAGUUGAUUCAAUUAGUACAAAUAAAAAUGAAGAAAUACUUAAUUCUAUUAAACAGAAAAAUUAUACUAAUAAAUAUGAAAAUAUUUCUAAAAAUCUUAUUGAUAAUAGCUUUAAAAAAAAUAGUAAUAAAAAUUAUGCUAAAUAUAUGGAGAACUUAGAUAAUAAUGAAAAAUUAAAUAAUAUAGAAAUAUUGCCAAAAAUGAGCACGAAAAAUUUUUUAAUUAAUAACAAAAUAGACAUAAAAUUAAAAAUGAACGAUAAAUCUUUAAUAAAUAACAAUGAAAAUGUAUUCAAUUAUGAGAAAUUAGCAACCAACAAAGAAAUAAAUAAUGUAAUUAACGAUUGUACUAGCAUAAGUCUUAAAAAUAAAGAAGUUAAUAAUAUAAUCAACGAUAUGGAUAAAAAUACAGAAAAAAACCAUAGUAAUAAAUAUACAAGUGGCAGUAAUAAUUUCCUAUCUAUAACAAAAAAAAAAUCACAAGAUGAAAAUUACAUAAAUGAUCAUAUAGAGGUGAAUCUUAAUGAUCAUUUUAAUAAAAAAAAUAGAAGCUACAGAAAUAAUGAUAAAAAGGAUUUAAUUUCAAUAUCAAUAAAAAAAAAUGAUACUUCAAAGAAUUUUAUUGGUUUAUCUAAUAAGAGCAACAAAAGUCAUAGUUCAGAUAACAAGAUAUCAAAUUAUUUAAAUAGUAGUAAUGUAAGUUCAGAUGCUAAUGAUAUUAUUAUAAAUAAUUUUGUCAAUAAUACAAAAGAUAAAAAUUCAGUUAAAAGUUUUAAUGAAAUUGAAAAUGACAGUAUGAUUCAUAAUAAAAAACAAAAUUUAUUUUUAAAAAAUAAAAAUCAUUUAAAAAAUGAUUCAUCUAUAACAAAUUCAUUGAAAUCAAGUGAAGUGAAAGAUUUUAGUGAUGUAAAGGAAAAUUAUUUUUCUUAUAAAAUUAAUAUAAAUAAUGAUGAUAAUAAUAAUAAUAAUAAUGGUAAAACAAGUUUUAUGAAACUAUUAAAAACGUUUGAUAAUAAUAAUAAUAAAAUAAUAAAAGAAAAAAAUUUAAUAAAAUUUGCCAAUCCUUUCAUAAAUAAGUCUAAGGAAGAUAGGAAAGAAAAUUAUGAAGAAAAAUUAUUGGAAGAACAUAUUAAAAAUGAGAAUUUAUCACAAAGUAAAAAAUUAUAUAAAUUAAUAAAUCAAGAAAAAAAUGAGAAAAAUUUAAUGCAUCAUAAACUAACUAAUAAUGUAAAUGAUCAUAAUGUCAUAUUAAAUUUUAAAGAUGGAUCAAAACUAUUUGAUGAAUUAAAAAAUAAUGAUAUUAUUACUCACACAUAUACAGAAAAUAAUGAUAAUAAUAAUAGUAAUUAUAACAAAUCACAUAUAUAUCAUUAUAUGAAUAAUCACAUAAAUAAUAUAAGUAAUUAUACAAAAUCAUCUAUUUGUUUUGAUGAAAGUAUUAAAGAAAAUUUUACAAAAACAUCCAGUUCCUCUACAUUUGAUUAUAGCGAUUUUGAUUUACAUUAUUCCUCAAAUAAGGAUAUUGUUGAUUCAUUUAAUACUGAAUAUAAAUUAACUCCUAGAGAAAAAUAUAUUUUACAAAAGAAAAAAAAUCAUGAAAAAAUAAUAUUCAAUCAGAAAAAUACAAAAUGCCAAAUAAAUUAA